AUGACUAAGGUUUUGCAUGGUGAAGAGGUGCUGACUGCUGUAGCAUGCGGCGCAGCUCUGCCUGUCCUGGCAGUUCUCCUGUCGGCAGGCAUCUGGUGGAGCUCCGGCGAGCCCCUGCCGCGCCCGUUCAACCUCACCACCCGCUGGCAGAGCCGGCUCCAGUUCUGGCAGUUCGCAGAGGUGACCUGGUCGCCGCCCGAUGACGCCGUGUUCGAUCAACACCCGGCUCCGGACGGCUGCUUCUGUAGAAACCUGUGCAUCAGCGACGCCCGGUGCGUGGCCGCCGACCUGGCGGUGACCUCGGAGGGCCUCUCCUGUCGGCUGGCGGCACGCCGCGGCGGCAGUCUCAACACCACCUCGGCCGUCGCCGCCUUCGUCCGGGUGGGCCGCGCCGACCUCGGGGAGCGCUGCCUCACCGAUGCGGAGUGCUGGGAGAGCCUGGUGGGCGCCGGGUGCGUGGACGGCGUGUGCGCGUGCCCGGCGCCGGCGCUGACGGCGCGCCGGGACUGCGUCAUCAGCAACUGCUCCGAGCUGACGGCGCUGGGCGUCACCACCAGCGGCCAGCACUGGGUGCGGCUGGCCGCCGGCGCCGCGCUCACCGCCCUCUACUGCGACAUGGAGACCGACGGCGGCGGCUGGACCGUGUUCCAGCGGCGCCAGGACGACACCGAGCAGGUCGACUUUUACAGAGACUGGCAGGACUACCGCGAUGGCUUCGGCAACGUCUCCGGCCAGUUCUGGCUGGGCAACGAGCUGAUCCACCAUCUGACGGCGCGCGGGCCGCACCAGCUGCGCAUCGACAUGGAAGACUUUGAGGGCGACCGACGCUUCGCGCAAUACGCCAGCUUCUCGCUGGCAGACGAGGCGGACAACUACCGACUGUCGGUGAGCGGCUUCACAGGGAACGUGAAUGACUCGUUCGCUUAUUAUCACAGCGGCUUCGAGUUCUCCACCAAAGAUAGAGACAACGACAGGACCGGCAGGGAGUCGUGUGCCAAGUCGUACCAGGGUGCCUGGUGGUAUAAAAACUGUCACCGGUCCAAUCUGAACGGGCUAUACCUGAGACGCCACACCAAAGAAUUUGCCACCAGCGUCUGUUGGAAGGCCUGGAGAGGGUUUCACUACUCACUAAAAUUCACCGAAAUGAAAAUCCGGCCCAGUCUCUAAAAUACUACUGACGCUAGCAAAACAAUUUCGGUUACGCUCAAGUGCGUAUCACAAUAUCUGAAAUUGCUGGUGGUCACUUGCAGAGGAAAACGAGGAUGGCCGCUUGAUAACGGUCAUAUGUCCUGGGUUGAAACAUUUUCCCGUCACCACAGUGAUGCUGAAUAAUCGAUCACAGUCGAACGUUUACUAUCGUAGUGUCGUAUGAACUGACGCUGGGCCGACGCGGCCGGCGUCGAGCCGGCCGCAUGGGGAGGCCGGCGGCCGACCUGCCCCGCGGCGGUCACGUGGGCAAGGUGACGCCGACUGGCCGUGGCCCGGCCGGGGGAGAGCUGGUAAAGCGCCGGUCAGCGACGGACGCUCCCGCGUGGUCGAAAUGUGCAACUGCAUUAUCAUUAGUUAAGUCUUUAUCCUGUGUUUAUGUGAACAAUACCUAUAUACCAACUAUAUAAUUCACUUUAAGCCAAUUUAAUGCAGUCUGGUCACCUGGUGUGCCUAGCGCAAUUUUUAGAUAUCUUCGUGCAUUUGGAAUUUGGAUCACCGUGUUGAGCACCAGUGGUGUUUUACUGAGAUUCUCGUUUAGGCGACGCGUCCUCACCCGCCUGGGUCGGCACCCACAAGGAUGUUCGAUACCUAUACCCUGCCCACAAGCAGUGUCCUUCAACCCAAGUGUCGUCGGUCAUCUUUAUGCUGCGUGUAGAAGUCAGCGAAUCUCUUGUGACGCUUUGCCUUUGCCUUUCCAGCUCACAAUUUAUAUGUUUAAUCGUUGUAGCAACUGUCAUCUGUACCAGGGCUGCGG